AUGGGACUUUCCAAGCACAGACGAAUUGAAGCUGCUCCCCUGCAAGGGAACCAUCACUUCGAGCACCUGAAGCAGGGGCUGCUCCGAGGUACGUCUGCGACCUACUACGAUGUGGUUGAGUACCUGAACGUUUCCUCUCACAGCAAGCUGCAUGCACACAUACUGCCCAAGACGAGCUUGAAGGAGCCUCUGGAAGUGAAGAUGCAUUUUAUGCUGGUGGCCAUUCCCUCUGUGGUCGAAAAGCUCCAGAUGGUCACUUUUUACUUUGUGUUGAACCUGGAGUGGAAAAACUCUUUUGCAACCUGGAACCCGCAGGAUUUCUGUAACAUUUCCAAAGUCGUUCUGCCCACGGAUACGUAUUGGUCUCCCCCCAUCUUCAUUUUAGAGCGAGUGAACGGACAAAACUCGAACUUGGACUAUAUGGCCAUCACGCACAACAGCAGCUUUAAUUCCACCCAGCCCUUCCAGGUUACCUUAACGUGCAGCUUGAUGAUCCUCAAGUUUCCCUUUGACACCCAGACGUGCAACUUGAGCAUAGCUUUGUUCCUCUACCCAGUAACAGACCUUGUCAUGAAGACGAGACGGACACCAGCUGAGAUGAUGAGAGACAGCCAGAGUUACUUCCUAACUGAUGGAGAAUGGAAGUUCACCAACCUGAGCAUCAUCGACUACAGAGAAAAGCUGGACGAUGAAGAAUUUUCUGUGGUCACCUACGUGAUUUCCAUGGAGAGACGACCCACUCUGUAUAUUUUGAACCUGAUCCUCCCAACAUGCGCCCUGUAUCUGCUGGAUAUGGCUGUGUUGUUUGGACCCAGCUCUCUCGAGGAGAAACUCAGUUUCCAGAUUGCCAUCAUCCUCGGCAGCUCCAUGUUAGCUGUGGUUCUCAACAACAUCCUUCCAACGUCCUCCAACAAACCACCUGUAAUAGGGGUAUUCUUCUUAGGCACCUUCCUGCUCAUGAUCAUGGCUGUGUUAGACACCUUCUUCCUAUUGCACCAGCAGCACAAAUCCCUACGCCUUGACAAGGUUCUCGGAAGCUUCCAGCAAGAUGCGCACGCCGAGCUGGCGACGUGA